UUUCUUGUAACUUUAAAACUAAUAUUUCGUAUCUCAAAAGUGACAAUCAAUCGACCUUAUUUUCAAUUUGUAAAAUUAGUUCCAACUUGUUACUAAUAAGAAAGAGUAAAUCCAUGUGUUCAUGACAUCGGUAUUUCAACGCACCGCAAGAAUCUCAUCACCGACUAAUUUCGCCAGUAAAAUCUAUCUAAUGAAAAAUUAUGAUGAUCUCACCCCGAGGAAAAACCAAUAGCCGAUAAACCGCACAAGCAGCAAACCGACACUCGCAGAUAGAACAUUUCAUUGGGUCAGCAGCAGCAGCAGCAGCAGCAGCAGCAGCAGCAGCAGCAGCAGUAGCGGUAGCAGAACCGCCCCCACUCUUCAAACCACCUACGCGACCCAGUUGGCGCGAUCGAUCAAACGCUCAAACGCCACAGUGGGACAUACCGACUUUUUUCUUUUUGUCUCUUUCUCUGCGUAUACCCAUAUUCCACUACCUUCUUUCUCCCUCAUCUGUAGAACAGUGUCCUGCCCAAGCGCCUGUCGUCCUUCGUUUCUUCAAAGCCACUGGCGGCUUCUUCACAAGUAUGCAGACAUCUCUGGUGGACCUGGUAUUAAUAAAUACAGCCUCACGUAGCGGGUCAUCAAAGCGUACACUGGCGGCUACGUGAAAUAUAAUUGACACUUUGUUGAUGAGGAAUUGUCGCUCUACCGGAGUUUCGUAAUACAUCGUCGAUCCAAUUUAGGAGCUGCUAAGUCCUGCAGGAAACAAAAAAAAGAAGAGGGGUAAGAAGGACACAAUGUCGAAAACGGAGAAACAAGGCGGAGCAACCGCAGACGCCACAGCUGAGCUUGAGCUUGACAAAACUCGACUGGUCCAAGAGCUGCAAGAUGAAAUCGAGCAGGAGACUUUUAAUACCGAGCAAAAAGUCAAGUUGGAGGAGAAGCAGAUGCAAUUACGCCGAGUGCAGCUCGAAAAAACAUGGCGCAAAGUCAGCGAACGACGUAAAGCUUUCAUGGAUUACACCUUGAAGUGCCUCGAGGAGGAAGACUGGUUACGCUACAUGUCCUGCGACGGUCUACCGGAUCCAGCUGCCCUUCCGGAGCUCAAUGCUUUUCUCUUCUUGUGGUCUCUCGAGGAUGACCAUGCUAGCAUGAAGACUCUUCCCAGACAGUGUGAAGUCGUUAUUUAUCUCAUUAGAAAAUUGGACAAGAUUAUUCAGUUCUCCAUUAAGGCGGCGCCGGCGUAUAUUCAAGAUUGUAAACACAUACGACAAACAUUCCGCGACAAGCUGCAGCAGUGGGUAGACAUGGCCAGCUACAGUCUGCUGCGUCAAAUCGAUAGAGACACAAUAAGAGUUGAUUUAAAAAACGCAAAAUACGUGCAGCAAUUAACACCACUUGUCUGCUGUUUCUGGGCUUUUAUACGGCUACCUAUCAGCAUAAAACAAGUAUCUGAAAAAGACAAGAAGCCGAUUGAAGUGGAUUUCGAGGAGGUCGGUCUUACGAUAAAGAUGCCGCUCGAUCUCGACUGUUAUUGUACAGCAAUUCGUGUACUGUGGCUUAGUUACGACCAUUAUUCUGAUCUGUCCCAUACGUCGGUACAACCUCAAGUGCCUGAGAAAUUACGCAUGGAUAUGGAUCUACAACAGUUUUGUGAACGCGAGCAUGGGAGGCUCAAAGAGCUUCGCGAAUCACAACGUGAGAGCCGUCAGCAGCGACUGGAGGAAAAGCGCGCGAUGAUCGAGCGUAUUUUAAACCCGCCUGUCGUCGUGGAGAAAAGCAAGCACGAUCGCAAAGGUAAAAAAGGCGGUCACUCGAAAGGCAAGCCGGACCAUGAGACAGAGCACAUAGUGGCACCACCGCCACAACUGGAGUCACCCGAAGAAAUAGUAUUCAGAGAAGAAAGUGAGAUCAUGAAGGAAACGUGGAAAGCACUAGGAACUCUCUGCAGUAAGAAGAAGAAAGAAAUAAACCUACGCAAAUACACGAUGUUAGGUGGACUGUAUCGCAUAGACUUGAUCCGCCAGCCACCCCAGCCAAAAGACAUGCGACGCAACAUCUUCCUCACGACUUUGCAGCUGCCGAAAGAGUUAGAAUUCGUGGAAUUCACGCGACCUUACAAGGCACCGCCCGCAGCUCCGGAGAACGAACGUACCCCGGAAGUCAUCGAGACUGAGAUGAAAGCACUUGAAGCUGCUAUGGAGAAACUUGCACUCGUCACUCUCAAGUUGCCGGAAUCAGUAAUGUGGUUCGAGCCACCGUUGGUCGCGCACUGGUUGCCCGACGAAGGUAUCUGGUCAACCGAGGACAUUCACGACAUCAAGUAUAACGAAGAGAAGCAGACCAUCACCUUCCGCACCGGUAGACUCGGUAUUCACGGUCUAGCGGGUUGCCGCUUCAUCAACUUGCCCUUCCAGAGCUGGGAGCUCAAGCCUGAAUCGGCUAAGAGUAGCGGCGGUGGCGGUGUGUUGCUUACCAUUAGUGGAGCUAUCAUUCAGUUGGAAUUCCUCGUCAGGGAAGAUCUUGUUUGUUUACAUUCCGUGGUAGGCGGUGCACCAGCUCUAAAAGCAUUGACCCACAACUUCAUGACACUCCAAGCGCUCACUCUAACAUUAAGAGCAGCAGGCUGCGAUAUAUUUCCCGAUGAAGAUUCAAUCCACCACGUUAAAAGCGUUCGAAAGCAUCCGGUUGUUAGUAGGCAUUUAGAAGCGUGCAUGGGUCUAUUGUCUACGACUUAUGUAUUUGCCUGGUCACGCUGGAAUAAUCAACGCGGAUCGCGAGAGAUCGCAGUGCAAAUCAAAGAAAUCCACGGCUGCAUUGCUAAAGAGAGGUCCAACGCAAUACUAUUAGUGACACCUUUUCGUACGAUGGUUGUAAAUUGUUCAGAAGUCAGCUCUGAAUACUCGGGAGAACCAUCUGAAGAGCACGACAAAUUUUAUGCGGACGUUUAUCAUUAUGCUCUUCACAACGCUGGAAUAAAAAGCCGGCUUGCUAUGAAAAAUGUCUCUUACAAACUAUCCACUACGAUAACGAAUCUCUUGCGAGCUACCAACAUCAUAAAUAUGUCCGCGUAAGAUUGGUUACUGAAAAAUUCAUAUACUUCUAUAAAUUGUAAGACUGUUGUUCAGAAAAGGAUAAAAAAAUA